AUGCUUGUCUGCGUUGGAAGGAGUGGAGAGCUCAUUUUUCCCGAGGAAGAAAAGACUUGUCAGUUGACCCUUUCCCUCAAAUUUUUAUUGCAGAUCAUCAGAAAAGCCCUUUCUGAGGAAAAACAUGUUUCCACAAAAACAUCAGCUGCGGAUCUUGUGACAGAAACAGAUCACCUUGUGGAAGAUUUGAUCAUCUCUGAGCUGCAAAACAAGUUUCCUUCACACAGGUUCAUAGCAGAAGAGGCUGCCGCCGCUGGGGCCAAGUGUGUGCUCACCCCCAGCCCCACCUGGAUCGUCGACCCCAUCGAUGGCACCUGCAAUUUUGUGCACAGAUUUCCGACUGUGGCUGUAAGCAUUGGGUUUGCUGUGAACCAGGAGCUUGAAUUUGGAGUGAUUUACCACUGCACUGAGGAGCGGCUGUACACAGGCCGGCGGGGCCAGGGGUCCUUCUGCAAUGGCCAGCGGCUCCGGGUCUCCGGGGAGACAGAUCUCUCCAAGGCCUUGGUUCUAACAGAAAUCGGUCCCAAACGUGACCCUGCUACUCUGAAAUUAUUCCUGAGCAACAUGGAGAGGUUACUCCACGCCAAAGCUCAUGGGGUCCGAGUGAUCGGCAGCUCCACUCUGGCUCUCUGCCAUCUGGCUUCAGGGGCUGCAGAUGCCUAUUACCAGUUUGGGCUGCACUGCUGGGACAUGGCCGCCGCUACAGUCAUCAUCAGAGAAGCAGGAGGCAUUGUGAUAGACACUUCCGGUGGACCCUUGGACCUCAUGUCCUGCAGAGUGGUUGCUGCAGGGACUCAGGAAAUGGCCACGCUCAUAGCUCAGGCCCUACAGACCAUUAACUAUGGGCGGGACGAUGAGAAGUGACUGGCAUUGCCAGACUGAAGAGAACAGAGAGCCAAGGACUGGGCCUCGCCAGGCACCCUGAAGCUGCCACGGCCCGGACAGGAAGUGCCACGAGCAGCCUGCAUGUCACCUGUCUCAGUAGCUCCUCUUCACCCUAAAGGGAGACACUGUGCUAACGCAUGUCACUCUCUGGUCCGGUGCAAUCUCCGGGAUUUGGUGUUUCGCUGGUUUCUCUCUGUAAUCUCCCACAACCCUUGUCUGGUUAGUAUAAGUUGUUCUCUCGGGGCCAAAACCCAACUCUCAGAUGACGUAUGUGUUGACAAUGUCGUCUCAUUUCCCCCUCACCCCUUCCCCCUCCCCUGGACGCAAAUCUCAGGUAAUAAGGCUUAAGAACUGCUGGCAAAGCGGACUUCUUCUCAGGCCCUCCCCCACGGUACUCAGAUGCAAUAAAUCAAAAUAAUGACA